UUAUGAAUCUAUAAUGCAGUCAGCAGAAAGACCUACAAAGAGGAGAAAACUAGCUUCCAAAUCUAAGCGUAAGCCCGCAACAGCUCGCGGUGCUUCGGGACCAACUUUUCCAGCUCAGGAAAUACACAACUUAUUGAUUAAAGGAAAACCAACCGUCGAAGUUAAACCAGAAGUUUCCCUGUACCUGUCAGCUGCGCAAGAGUAUUUGAUGACUGAAAUUUUGGAGAAAGCUGGGAACCACGCCAUUCAUCGCCGAAAUAAAGUCAUUGAAGUCAAAGACAUAAUGGAAGCUAUUCAAGCUGACGAAGAACUGAACGAAUUAUUGGGAAAGACAGUCUUAGAAGCAGUAAGUCAUACAGGAAAAUAACGCGAUUUCCUUUUACUGUUUAUUUUAAACUGCCCAGACAAAGGACAUCAAAUAAAGGGGAAUGAAUUGUUUUAAUUACUUCAUCAAAAAAAUUCGUAUGUGUAAGUGCAAUAGAUUUUGUGGAUUAUACUAAACACAUGUACGGCUUUAGUUCAUAAAGUUGUAGCAGAUAUGAGACAGUGGAAUUAUUAAAUUGUAAACUGCAAAUCAAUAAAUAAUCAAUUUGGUAGUCAAUUUUAAAAAACGUUUUUUUUAUUUUUAUUUCCAAUGGCCAACGUUGCAGAAAGACUUCUACACCACAAAAGAGGAGGAACAAAUGAGAACAUAAAGAAAAGAACAACAUAACAGACUUGGCGAGUAAAAGUUUAUGAAAUCAAUAAGUUCCUUGCAUGCCAGUAAUGGUCACACAAAGGGGUGUCCUUUAGUGCCGGGCAGCAUGUAAACUACCUUUACAUCUGCAGAAACUAAAGAGAGAUUUUGAGCGACCGCGACCUGAUUGGAUUUUUUGGCAACGCCUUCUGUAACGUUUGGCUAUUUCAUUCUGCUAUGCUUGUUAUUUUAAGCAUAGAAUGAUUUCUGUACUACAGCUUUUUUUCAAACUUGAAAUGUCUGGCCUACUUUAUUUAAAAAUGAAAUGGAAAAUAUUUCAUCAAACAUUAUUACCCUUAGAAGCAAUGUUCUAAAUUUAGAAGAUUGCAACAAGUGGGUAAAGGAAUUGGGGGAACUGACAAAUACUAAAUGGAAUUCCAGAACUAAAAAAUAGCAACUGUUUAACCAUGUGAUCAGUGGCAGUCAAUCAAAAUCGAAAACGGCACAAAGGUCGUAAGGAAAAGAGUGACGCUACUUUACUAGGUAGUCUAGAGCUUUAAUUACAACUAGGACUGAACAAUGUCAAUUAGAGGUUUUAUAUGGAGAUAUAUCGUCUGUUUGACUUCCAUAUAAUAUACUCCCGACAUUACAUUUUGAAG